ACCCCCCUUAGUGGCCACGACCAUGAAGAAACGAAACCCAAUGGCCGUUUAUCCAGCCAGCAACUCCAUGUUGUUUGACACUGUUCCUGACACGGCGGGCGUGGCCAGCACUGUGACGCUAAAGGCCUUCACCAUGAAGAUGGAGGAAGUGCUGGAGUCCAAAUGUGAGGGUGGGGUCAACCAGGACCAAGGGGGCACAACCUCCCUCAGGCGCAGCGUCAGCCAGGUAAUGGACAGGAAGUCGGUACCUGGAGACAAAGCGUGGGAACCGACUGUUUCAGGCCACGACAGCGGGAUGUUCAUGGACGAUGAGGAGUUUGUGGACACCAUCAAGGGUUUCAGCACCAUCAGGAAGGAGCACACUAUGUUCACAGACACCAACUUGUGACCCUCAACACCGUAAGACUGCAGCGUGUUGGUGAUGAAGAGUUGUCACACUUGAAAGAUGGGAGAACAUUCUAGACUGUUAGCUGAAAGAAGAGCCUCAAAUGUUGUGGUACUUACAUUAUUUUAUUAUUAUCCAAGAGGAGCGUGGACGUCUUGGAACCAGCUUUCAUGAGCCCUCAGGUGACAAAAUGCUUGGAUGUUGUUGCUUGUAUGCUUUUGUCGAGGAAGUAGGGCACUCUCGCAAUUUUAUUUUAGUUUCAAAUAGAAAAACUAGAAAACAUUGACAAAUUGAAUGAAUUUUAAAUUAAAUAAAUGGAUGUUGAAUU